AUGAAGCUGGAAGAUGGCAAGGGAAAAGAGGGAGAAGACGUCACCUUCAAAUGCAAGACCAACGAUGAUGAUAUCCCAGUCUUCUGGUUCAUCAAUGGCAAACCAGUGCCCAUUCCUUCAGACAAAUAUGUCAUCAAAUCAGAUGGCUAUGAACACACUCUCACUAUCAAGAACUUGCUUCCAGAAGAUGCAUGUGAAGUCACAGCAGUCAUUGGUGACAACAAGACUUCAGCUGACCUCGCUGUUCAAGAAGUUUCUGCUGACUUCACCAUCCCCCUGAAGGAUGUGACUGCCAAAGAAAAUACAACUGCUGAGUUUGAAUGCACUCUGACCAUACCAGUGGACAAUGUCCAGUGGUUCAUCGAUGGAGAGGAGAUAACCCAGGAUGCCAAGUACCAGUUUGUUGAUGAUGGCAGGGUCCACAAGCUCAUCAUCAAGGAUGUGGCCCCAGAAGAUGCUGGAACUGUCACAGUCAAGGUCGGCAACAAGUCAUCUGAAGCCCAAUUCAUUGUGGAGGAGAUUGAUGUCGACUUCACUGUUCCUCUUGAGGACAAGACCACUUACGAGAAAUCAAGUGUUGACUUCGUUGUUGAGCUGAACAAAGAAACAGACAAGCUGAAAUGGUACCAGGAUGGAGAGGAACUUAAGACGAUGGAAGGCAUCAAGAUAGUGCAGGAUGGCAAGACCCACAAGCUCACCCUUGAGGAUGUUGCGGUUGAGGACACUGGGAAGAUCACAGCCAAGGUUGGAGACAAAUCAACAGAAUGUCAACUCACUGUCAAUCCUCUUCCUUUGGAGUUCACAGUGCCGCUCAAUGAUGUCACUGCCAUUGAAAACUCCACUGCUGAGUUUGUCUGUGAGCUGUCCCGCGAUGUGGAGAAAGUCAAGUGGUUCCUGAACGAUGUGGAACUGAAGGAGAGUGACAAGAUCAAGUUCAUCUCUGAUGGCAAGACCAAGAAGCUCCAGAUCAAGGAUGUCAAAGUGGAGGAAGAGGGUCCAGUCAGUAUCAUGGCUGAUGACAAGAAGACAACUGCAUCACUCUUUGUGAUAGAACUGUCACCCGACUUCCUGACUCCUCUCAAAGACCUGACCAUCGACGAGCUCCAGACUGCAGAGUUCAUGUGUGAGGUCAACAAGGAUGGUGCCACACCCAAAUGGUUCCUGGAUGGCCAGGAGAUCAACGAAGACAAACGUUAUCAGAUCAUCAGCGAUGGUCGCACUCACAAACUCAUCAUAAAGGAAGCUACACUACCAGACUCAGGGGAAAUAACUGCCAAGGUCGAGGACAAGAAGACCUCUGCAAAUCUGACAGUUAAAGAAAUUCCAGUUGAGUUCACUGCUCAGCUUUCUGAGCAACACGUUGAGGAGCACAAGAUCGCAUGCUUCAAAUGUGAAGUGAAUAAAGAGGAUGUCUCUGUCACAUGGGAGAAGGAAAGUGCACCAAUUGAACCCAGCAAUAAACAUAUCAUCCAACAGGAAGGCACAUCUCAUACUUUAGUCAUCAAGGAUUGUGAUAAAGAUGAUGUAGCCGAAUAUUCAGUCGUCGUUGGCGACCAGAAGAGCUCUGCUAGGCUGCGCCUUGAUGAAGCACCGCUGGAGUUUACAAUCCCCCUUGGUGCCCAGACAUGCAUGGAAGGUGAAACCGUGACCUUUGUGUGCGAGGUCACCGAGGCAGAUCAACCGGCCAAAUGGAUGAAGAACGGCAUGGAACUCAAACCAUCAGACAAAAUCAAGAUGGAGGUAGAUGGCAAAAUCCAUCGCCUGAUUAUCUCCCCUGCAGAAUUGGACGACCAAUCAGAAUACACAAUCAUGAUCAGGAGUGCUCAGAGCACUGCACCACUCACAGUCGAAGAAAUUCCCCUGGAAAUCAUCGUUCCCCUGAAGGAGAUCGAGUGUGUUGAAGGCGAGAACAUCACCCUCCUUUGUGAGAUCAACCGACCUGACAUGGAAGUCGUCUGGAUGAAGGACAAGGUUGAGAUCAGCUCCACUGAGGACCGCCAGAUAAAGAUGGAUGGCACCAAACACACUUUGACCUUCCCCAAGGUCGCUCUUGAAGACGAGGCAGAGUACACCAUCAAAAUCAGAAACAAGAAGUCCGCUGCUAUAUUGUUUGUGGAAGAGACGCCUGUGUAUUUUGUCAAGACUUUAGAGGAUCUUGAGGCAUUAGAGGGAGAUAACUCUUUCCAAUUAGACGUGACAUUGUCGAAGCCAGAUGUUCAUGUUGACUGGCAUUUUGAUGAUGUUCAGCUACAACCCAGUGAGAAAUAUGAAUUUGUGAUCAGCGAUGCUGAUCGGUCGUUGCUCGUAUACGACAUUAAUCUUGACGAUGAGGGCGAAUAUUCUUGUCGGGUUGGAGAUAUUUCAACAACAGCUUUUGUUGCCGUUCUCGAAGAACCACUGAGAAUCACAGUGCCACUCUCAGACAAUGAGUGCCUUGAAGGUGAAACUGUCAGCUUCAUCUGUGAGAUAUCCAAGGAGAACGUUCCAGUGGCUUGGAUGAAGGAUGGCCUAGACAUAUCAGAGGAGGACGGUUACCAGUUCAUCAUUGAUGGUAAACAACACAUCCUGAAGAUUCCAGAUGCUAAUCUGUACCAUGAUGCUGAGUACACCAUCGUUGUCGGCAAUAACGAGUCAUCAGCCAGACUCUUUGUUGAAGAAAUGGCUGCCGACUUUGUUGCCCGACUCCAGGAUGCUAAAGCCAAAGAGACAGAAGAUGUGGAACUUGUGUGCCAGUUGAGCAAGAUCGGCGUUCCAGUACGCUGGAUGAAGAACCGCAAACCCCUGGAGCCAAGCGAACGCAUCAAGAUCGUGUGCGACCGAUACCGCCACAUGCUCCGCAUCAUGGAGACAAUCCCAGAGGAUGAGGCAGAGUACACCAUUGUCCUGCCUGACAACAAGGAAUCUUCCUGCAACCUCACCAUAUAUUCCCUUCCACCCGAUUUCUGCAAGCCUCUCAAGGACCAGGAGUGCGAGGAGAAGGAGACAGUUAUGUUCGAGUGUGGCAUGACCAAAGCCAACGUGCCUGUCAAAUGGUUCAUCAAUGGAGAGGAACUGUCCCCUGACAGUGACCAAUACGAAAUCUCCACCGACAUCUACACGCAACAGCUCAUCAUACAUGACGUCACUCUCAAGGAUGCUGGCGAGGUCAAGUGUGUGUGCGGAGACAACUGGACAAGUGCUACUCUCACUGUUGAAGCACUGCCAGUUGAAAUUCUGCGACCACUCAAAGAUGCAACCAUCAUGGAAGGAGAGAGUGUCUUGUUUGAGUGCGAACUCUCCAAGCCUGAUAUGGAAGUACAGUGGCUGAAGGACUACGAACCAUUCACACCCAGAGAAGGCAUCAAGAUCACCAGCGAUGGUGCCAUCCAUCGCCUGGAGAUUGAGGCUGGCGUCGUGGACGACGAGGCUGACUACACCAUCAAGGUGAACGGCAAGAGCAGCAAGGCCAUGCUGUUGGUGGAAGAAACACCACUCGAGAUAGUUAAACCACUCACCGACAUCAGCAUCAUGGAACAUGAGAACAUCCAAUUUGUUUGUGAACUUAACAAACCCAAUGUCAAGGUCAGAUGGUUGAGGGAUGGCAAGGAGGUUAUGGCGGACGACGGCUUUGUUGCUGUUUCUGAUGGCUGCGUACACACGCUAUCUCUCGAUGACGCCUUAGUUGAGCAUAAUGCUAAAAUCAUGAUAGUUGCGCAGGAUAAGAAAAGCUCUGCUACGCUCACUGUGAAAGCCGAACCUGUCAAGUUUAUCCGACCCCUGGCUGAUAUCACAGUCACAGAAAAACAGGAUAUAUACCUGGAGUGUGAAAUAAACAAGCCAGGUCUGAAGCCAACUUGGAAGAUUGAUGGCAACAAAGUCUCUGCCAGCGGAAGAUUCCAGCUCCUCUCAGAAGGCAACGUUCAUAAACUGAUUAUCAAGGAGGCUGAAUUGGAUGAUGAGAAUGUGUACACCGUUACAUUCGAUGAUGUUACAUCCACUGCCAGCGUCCUCGUCGAUGAACUUCCAAUUGAAAUUACCAAACCACUUAAAGACCUUGAGAUCAUGGAGGGCACAUCCUUGACCUUGACCUGUGAGGUGAACAAACCCAAUAUUCCAUCCAAAUGGAUGAGGAAUGGAGAGGAAAUUACUCCCUCUGAGCGUAUUGAGAUGACUGUGGAUGAUACCCGCCACACACUGACCAUUCCCAAGUCAGAAGUCGAUGAUGAGGCUGUGUAUAAGUGUGUCAUCAAGGACAGGAAGACGUCUGCCAGAGUCACAGUCAAAGAGGAGCCAUUUGAGUUCCUGCAGCCACUGACCGAUGUCCAUGUCAUGGAGACUGAAACCAUCCACAUGGAGUGUGUCGUGUCAAAACCCGGCAAACCUGCCACCUGGUACAAGGAGGGCGUGAAGAUGUUGCCAUCUGACCGUGUCAAGAUGGGUGUGGACGGUGCAGGGAAGUACAUGCUGACCAUCACCAAUGCAGAACUCAAGGAUGAAGCUGAGUACUCCAUCAAGAUUGCUGACAAGAAGUCCAAGGCUCAAGCACUUGUGGAGGAAGAAGAUGUGGACAUCAUCCGACCACUUGAAGACAUUGACAUCAGUGAGAUCCCCAGUACAGCUGUGUUCGAGUGCGAGCUGUCUAAGCCCCAUGUGAUGGUGCAGUGGAACAGGGAGACCGAGGUCCUCCUUCCCAGCGACAAGUAUGAGAUCAUCCAUGAUGGCUGCGUGCAUCGUCUCAUCAUCUCUGAUGUCACAGAGAAGGAUGAGGCUGAAUACAGCAUCCACGCCAAGUCCAAGAGGAGUGAUGCUGGUCUGUUUGUGGAAGCUCCACCUAAGAUCCUGUACGACAAGAGGUUUGAUGAGACUAUCAUCCUUCACACCGGCCAGUCCACCGCCUGGGAGGUGCCCUUCUCUGGCAACCCUCAGCCCAAGUGUACUUGGCUGUACAAUGGAGGAUCUCUUCCAGACAAGAAGAGGAUCGAAGCGGAGACGAUCGACAACAUGACUACCAUUCGUCUGGCCAAAGUCAUCCGCACAGACACUGGAGACUAUACCCUUUCACUGGAGAAUCCUAACGGCAAGGCUACCAUCACCAUUAAGCUGAUUGUCUUAGACAAACCCAGCCAAGUGAGAGACUUGACUGUGUGUGACAUUACUGCUGAGAGCGCCACCGUCAAAUGGGAGGUGCCUGCUGACGAUGGAGGCAAACCAAUCACGGGUUACAUCAUCGAGAAGCGAGAGUCUGGCCGCAGGUCAUUCUACGAAGUGGGCAGUACCACCGAUCUGCAGUUCACUGUUCCAGACCUGGUUGAGGGCAACCAGUAUGUCUUCAGGGUGUUUGCUCAGAAUGAGAUUGGAAAAAGUGAGCCAGUCGAGUCGGACAACAUCACUGCCAAGCAUCCUUUCAAUGUACCAGAUAAGCCUGAUGCACCUGAAGUGUCGGACAUCUUCAAGGACUCUGCUGUGAUUUCCUGGAAGCCGCCAGCCAAUGAUGGUGGAUCCCCAGUCACAGGCUACCUGCUGGAGCGCAAGUCAGGAUACAGUCCUCGCUACAUCCAGGUCACCAAGGAGCCUGUAGCUGAACUUACCUUCAAGGACGUGGACCUGCUGGAAGACAACACCUACCAGUACCGCGUCAUCGCCGUCAACAAGGCCGGUCCCAGCGAACCCAGUGAACCAUCAACUGAAUUCACAGCCAAGGAUCCAUGGGGACCCCCCGGACCUCCUGGCAAGCCUGAAGUCACUGGAACCGACAAGAAGUCUGUAGCCUUGAAAUGGGCUCCUCCAGAGGAAGAUGGUGGCAGCCCCAUCACCAAUUAUGUGGUGGAGUACCGCCCGAAAGACUCGUACAACUGGCAGAGGAAGAGUGACGGCAUUGUCCCUGACACUACCUUCAGUGUGACCGGCCUCAAGGAGAACUUCGGAAUUGGUGUACCACCAGUUAUCAUAGAACCCUUGCAAGAUGAAGUUGCAGUUGCACCGAAGGAUGCCAUCUUGGAAUGUGAUGUUGAUGUCGGCGAGCCCGAAGGUGAAAUCAAGUGGUUCAAGGGAACCAAGGAGGUCAAGAAGAGCUCCAAGUACGAGAUGAGCUACGAGGAUGAAGUUGCAUCCCUCGUCAUUCACAAAACCGAACCAUCAGACACUGCUCGCUACAAGUGUGAGGUGACCAACCCUCUUGGUCAAGUCAGCACCGAGGGACAACUUGCGAUUCACACUGCUCCUGCUCUAGAGUAUGACAACCGCCUGAAGAGUGCUCAGACUGUCAAGGGUGGAUCCACCCUGGUCCUACAGGUCAAUGUCAGCGGUAUCCCAUCUCCCAAAAUCUCAUGGUUCCUCGAUGAUGAACCUUUGGAGAAGUCAGAACGCAUCAGCGUGGACACUACAGAUGACUUCAGCACUCUGACCAUCAAGAACGCCAUGCUUGACGACACUGGCAUGUACACCAUUGCUGCUGAGAACGUCGUUGGCAAAGCAGAGGCAGACUUCGAGAUCAAUGUCAAAGAUCUGAUGGAGAUUAUUCAUUCUAUUUCCGCGGACAAACCAUCCAUGCCCAACAACCUCCAUGUGAUCGACAUAAUGAAGGACUCCAUAGUCCUGUCAUGGGAGACUCCCUCCGACACUGGUGGCUGCGAUCUGUCGGGAUAUUUCAUCGAGAAGCGUGAUGCCAAACGCAACACGUGGAUGCCAGUCCACACCGUAGAUGGCAGCACCAACACCUAUGCUGUCAUUAAACUGCUGGAAGGCAAUGAAUACUUCUUCCGUGUAUCUGCUGAAAAUGAAGUUGGCGUCAGUGAACCAGCUGAGAUGGAUGAGGGAACUAUUGCCAAAUGUCCAUAUGAUGUGCCACAGACUCCCAGGAAACUGAAGGCUAGUGAGGUGACAAGGUCAUCGGUCACGCUCACAUGGGAGCCACCAGAGAGCGAUGGAGGAUCACCAAUUACAAGUUACAUCAUUGAGAAGAAGAGCCCAACCAACAAACCCGAUGCUCCUCGCAAGCCUGAAGUGGUGGAUGUCACCAAGGAUUCAGUCACUCUGAAAUGGCUGGCUCCAGAGAAGGAUGGCGGUAGCCCAAUCUUCAACUACGCUGUCGAGAUGAGAGUCAGUGGAAAUGUCCGCUGGGUACAAGCCAGUCAGAACAUCAAGAUCCCAGAGACCAGUUACAAAGUCCCAGAACUGAUGGAAGGUGCAGAGUAUGAGUUCCGCAUCAUGGCCGAGAACAAGGCUGGUCUUGGUCCACCUUCAUCCCCAUCACAGCCUGUUGUCGCCAAAGAUCCUAUUGUUGGUGAGGCUCCAGCUGUACUAGAAGGCCUACCAGACCUGGCUGUAAUGGAGGGAGAGACGGCCAUCUUGGAAUGCAAGAUCAGUGGUGAACCAGAGCCCUCUAUCAAGUGGAUGAAGGACCGCCGGGAUGUCACGGAGGACAAGAGACAUGAAAUCUUCUAUGAGGACAUGUUCGCAUCUCUGACAAUCACAGAAUGCACAGAACGGGAUGCUGGCAGCUACACGUGUGAAGCUAGCAACGACCUUGGCACAGUAACAACAUCAGGACAGCUUGAUAUCCAAGCUCCCCCUGUGCUGGAGUUCGACAACAAGUUCCGCGACCUCAUCACCCUCCAUGCUGGCAGUAACCUCAAGAUCCCUGUCAAGGUCAAGGGAAUCCCCACUCCCAGAAUCACCUGGGCAAAGGAUGAUCAGCCAAUGAGAUCAGCUGGUAAGGUUACCAUAGAUACACAUGACACCAGCACCUCGCUGACAAUCAAGAAGGUGAGCAAGGAGGAGGAUGGUCUGUACACAUUGACUGCGGAGAACGAAGCUGGCGAAGACAAGGCCAAGUUUGAUGUCGAGGUCAUUGAUGUUCCUUCCAAACCCGGUCCUAUUGAGUACGCUGACAUUGUCCGUGAUGGUGUGACUCUGAACUGGACUCCACCCAAAGACGAUGGUGGCACUGACAUCAUCUCAUACAUCGUGGAGCGUCGUGAUGCCAAGAGGUCAACGUACACCCGUGCAGGCAAGGUCGAGGGUAAUGUCACACAGCUGAAGGUCAGCGGACUUGUUGAAGGCACCGAAUAUUUCUUCCAAGUGACAGCUGAAAAUGAAGUCGGAAAAUCUGAACCCAGAGAAUCCGAUUCUGGUGUUGUUCCAAAGAGUCCAUUCGGAAAACCAUCAGCCCCAGAGGACCUUGAGCAUUCAGACAUCACAGAGGACAGUGUGACCUUGACCUGGAAGCCCCCGAAGUCAGAUGGAGGCUCACCACUCACAGAAUACAUUAUCGAGAAGCGAGAUGUCCGUAAGACAUCCUGGUCAAAGGUUGCCUCUGUGAAAUCUGACACACUUAACUACAAUGUCAAGAAGUUGUUGGAAGACACACCAUACCUGUUCCGUGUGAUUGCCGUCAAUGCUGAGGGCCCAAGUGAACCAAUCCAGUCUGAACAUGAAAUUGUGCCCAAGAAAGCACCAGAGGUUCCUGGCAAACCUGUUGGACCAAUUGAGUUCAGCAAUAUUGGUGAGGACACUGUCACUCUCGAGUGGUCCAAACCCAAGAGAGAUGGCGGAGCAAAGAUCGUCAAGUACAACAUCGAGGUGUACGAGGAUGGCAAGUGGAGGCCGCUAGACUCAGUGGAUGCUCCCACCACCCAGUACACAGCCAAGAAGCUCAAGGAUGGCAAGAAGUACAAAUUCCGAGUCUCGGCUGUCAACUCUGUUGGCGUCGGAGAACCUUUGGAUUCAGACAAUGUCACUCCAACCAAGAAGAUCUCUCCCCCAUCCAAGCCAGUCGGACCACUUGACAUCAGCAAUGUCCAGCGUGACUCUGCUACACUCAAAUGGAAAGCACCAAAGGACGAUGGCGGCUCCCCACUCACAGGAUACAUCAUUGAGAAACGGGAUGCCAAGAAAUCGACAUGGUCUAAGGCAGGCAAGGUCAAGGCUGACACACUGGAAUAUGUUGUGGAUGGCCUUCUUGAGAACAAUGAAUACUUCUUCCGUGUGAUCGCAGAAAACAAGGCCGGUCAAAGUGAACCCCUUGAGGCAGAUGCUGCUACCAAGGCCAAGAGUCCUUACAACAAACCAUCCAAGCCACGUGGUCCUCUUCUGAUUGAGAACGUGACUGACCACUCCUGUGAUCUGGAAUGGAAGGCACCAGAGAGUGAUGGCGGUCUGCCACUCAAGAACUACAUCAUUGAGAUGAGACCAGCCACAAGAUCCACCUGGUCCAAGGCCGGUAAAGUCGAUGGACAGACACUCAAGUUCACACCCGACAAUCUCAUUGAAGGAACUGAAUACCUAUUCCGCAUCAUUGCUGUUAAUGACGAAGGAGAGAGUGAACCUCUUGAAGGCAAAGACUCAGCUAAGCCCAAGAAGGCUCUCAAACCUCCAGGUCCACCUCAGAACCUGCAACCCGGCCAUGUUGGACAGGACUAUGUUGCCAUUGAAUGGAAACCACCAAAGGAAGAUGGUGGUGCCAAGGUCACUCACUACAAGAUUGAGAAAUGUGAGGAGACAUCUGAAGAGUGGGUGAAGGUUGCCGAGAUCAAAUCAUAUGACACAGCCUACAAGAUAGAGAAACUGAAGGAGAAUGUUGGUUACUUCUUUGCUGUCACUGCCAAGAAUGAAGUUGGCUAUAGUGAAAUUGCUGAGACUGACUCAGUCAUCACUCCCAAGAAACCUGCUGGCAAACCAUCCAAACCUCAGGAGUUCAAGACAUCCAAGAUCGACAGGACAUCUGUGACUCUUGAAUGGAAGCCACCCAAGGAUGAUGGUGGAUCUCCUCUGACCGGCUACAUUGUUGAGAGACGAGAGGCAUCUCGCUCCUCAUGGACCAAACUGGACAGAGUGAAGGCAGACAAACUCACAUUGGAAGCUGUCAGCCUGAUUGAAGGCACUGAGUACUACUUCCGUGUGUCAGCAGAGAACAAGAUCGGUGUCAGUGAGCCCACUGAGUUGGACAAAGCAGUGACACCCAAGAGUCCUUAUGACAAACCAUCCAAGCCACGUGGUCCUCUUCUGAUUGAGAAUGUGACUGACCACUCCUGUGAUCUGGAAUGGAAGGCACCAGAGAGUGAUGGCGGUCUGCCACUCAAGAACUACAUCAUUGAGAUGAGACCAGCCACAAGAUCCACCUGGUCCAAGGCCGGUAAAGUCGAUGGACAGACACUCAAGUUCACACCCGACGAUCUCAUUGAAGGAACUGAAUACCUAUUCCGCAUCAUUGCUGUUAAUGACGAGGGAGAGAGUGAACCUCUUGAAGGCAAGGAAUCAGCCAAGCCCAAGAAAGCUCUCAAGCCUCCAGGUCCACCCCAGAACCUGCAACCCGGCCAUGUUGGACAGGACUAUGUUGCCAUUGAAUGGAAACCACCAAAGGAAGAUGGUGGUGCCAAAGUCACUCACUACAAGAUUGAGAAAUGUGAGGAGACAUCUGAAGAGUGGGUGAAGGUUGCCGAGAUCAAAUCAUAUGACACAGCCUACAAGAUAGAGAAACUGAAGGAGAAUGUUGGUUACUUCUUUGCUGUCACUGCCAAGAAUGAAGUUGGCUAUAGUGAAAUUGCUGAGACUGACUCAGUCAUCACUCCCAAGAAACCUGCUGGCAAACCAUCCAAGCCUCAGGAGUUCAAGACAUCCAAGAUCGACAGGAUAUCCGUGACUCUGGAAUGGAAGCCACCCAAGGAUGAUGGUGGGUCUCCUCUGACCGGCUACAUUGUUGAGAGACGAGAGGCAUCUCGCUCCUCAUGGACCAAACUGGACAGAGUGAAGGCAGACAAACUUACACUUGAAGCUGUCAACCUGAUUGAAGGCACCGAGUACUACUUCCGUGUGUCAGCAGAGAACAAGAUCGGUGUCAGUGAACCCACUGAGUUGGACAAAGCAGUGACACCCAAGAGUCCUUAUGACAAACCAUCCAAGCCACGUGGUCCUCUUCUGAUUGAGAAUGUGACUGACCCUCCUAUCCACCUGGUCCAAGGCGGUAAAGUCGAUGGACAGACACUCAAGUUCACACCCGACAAUCUCAUUGAAGGAACUGAAUACCUAUUCCGCAUCAUUGCUGUUAAUGACGAGGGAGAGAGUGAACCUCUUGAAGGCAAGGAAUCAGCCAAGCCCAAGAAAGCUCUCAAGCCUCCAGGUCCACCCCAGAACCUGCAACCCGGCCAUGUUGGACAGGACUAUGUUGCCAUUGAAUGGAAACCACCAAAGGAAGAUGGUGGUGCCAAAGUCACUCACUACAAGAUUGAGAAAUGUGAGGAGACAUCUGAAGAGUGGGUGAAGGUUGCCGAGAUCAAAUCAUAUGACACAGCCUACAAGAUAGAGAAACUGAAGGAGAAUGUUGGUUACUUCUUUGCUGUCACUGCCAAGAAUGAAGUCUUUCAUCUUCAGGCAAACCAUCCCAAGCCUCAGGAGUUCAAGACAUCCAAGAUCGACAGGACAUCUGUGACUCUGGAAUGGAAGCCACCUAAGGAUGAUGGUGGGUCUCCUCUGACUGGCUACAUUGUUGAGAGACGAGAGGCAUCUCGCUCCUCAUGGACCAAACUGGACAGAGUGAAGGCAGACAAACUUACACUUGAAGCUGUCAACCUGAUUGAAGGCACCGAGUACUACUUCCGUGUGUCAGCAGAGAACAAGAUCGGUGUCAGUGAACCCACUGAGUUGGACAAAUCAGUGACACCCAAGAGUCCUUAUGACAAACCAUCCAAGCCACGUGGUCCUCUUCUGAUUGAGAACGUGACUGACCACUCCUGUGAUCUGGAAUGGAAGGCACCAGAGAGUGAUGGCGGUCUACCAAUCAAGAACUACAUCAUUGAGAUGAGACCAGACACACGAACCACCUGGUCCAAGGCCGGCAAAGUCGACGGACAGACUCUGAAAUUCACACCCGACAACCUCAAUGAAGGAACUGAUUACCUAUUCCGUAUCAUUGCUGUCAAUGACGAGGGAGAGAGUGAACCUCUUGUAGGCAAAGACUCAGCUAAGCCCAGGAAGGCUCUCAAACCUCCAGGUCCACCUCAGAACCUGCAACCCGGCCAUGUUGGACAGGACUAUGUUGCCAUUGAAUGGAAACCACCAAAGGAAGAUGGUGGUGCCAAAGUCACUCACUACAAGAUUGAGAAAUGUGAGGAGACAUCUGAAGAGUGGGUGAAGGUUGCCGAGAUCAAAUCAUAUGACACAGCCUACAAGAUUGAGAAACUGAAGGAGAAUGUUGGUUACUUCUUUGCUGUCACUGCCAAGAAUGAGGUUGGCUAUAGUGAAAUUGCUGAGACUGACUCGGUCAUCACUCCCAAGAAACCUGCUGGCAAACCAUCUAAGCCCCAGGAGUUCAAGACAUCCAAGAUCGACAGGACAUCUGUGACUCUGGAAUGGAAGCCACCCAAGGAUGAUGGUGGAUCUCCUCUGACCGGCUACAUUGUUGAGAGACGAGAGGCAUCUCGCUCCACAUGGACCAAACUGGACAGAGUGAAGGCAGACAAACUUACACUUGAAGCUGUCAACCUGAUUGAAGGCACUGAGUACUACUUCCGUGUGUCAGCUGAGAACAAGAUCGGUGUCAGUGAACCCACUGAGUUGGACAAAGCAGUGACACCCAAGAGUCCUUAUGACAAACCAUCCAAGCCACGUGGUCCUCUGCUGAUUGAGAACGUGACUGACCACUCCUGUGAUCUGGAAUGGAAGGCACCAGAGAGUGAUGGCGGUCUGCCACUCAAGAACUACAUCAUUCAGAUGAGACCAGCCACAAGGACAACAUGGUCCAAGGCAGGGAGAGUGGAUGGACAGACACUCAAGUUCACACCAGACAAUCUAGAUGAGGGAACUGAAUAUCUGUUCCGAGUUAUUGCGGUCAAUGACGAGGGAGAAAGUGAACCUCUGGAUUCCAAGGAAACCAUCAAACCAAUGAAGUCACUCAAACCUCCAGGUCCACCACAGAACCUGAAGCCAGGUCGUGUCGGUCAGUACUAUGUCGCCUUGGAGUGGAAUCCACCAAAGGAAGAUGGAGGUGCCAAGGUCACUCACUACAAGAUUGAAAAAUGUGAGGAAAAAUCAAAGGAUUGGGUCAAGGUCGAUGAGGUUAAGUCAUAUGACACAGCAUACAAGGUUGAGAAGCUCAAGGAGAAUGUUGGGUACUUCUUUGCUGUUACUGCAAAGAAUGAAGUUGGUUAUGGAGAAAGUGCUGAGACUGACUCCGUCAUCAAACCAAGAAAGCCUGAAGGACCUCCUGGCCCACCAAAGUCUCUCAAGACUGCUGAUGUUGAGCGAACAUCCUUGAACCUGGUCUGGGAGCCUCCCAUAGAAGAUGGUGGCUCGCCAAUCACAGGCUACAUCAUUGAGAGACGGGAAGCUUCUCGUACCAAAUGGACCAAAAUUGACCGUGUUGAUGCCAAGACACUGAAGACCAAGGCUCAGAAUCUGGUUGAGGGCACAGAGUACUCCUUCCAGGUGUCAGCUGAGAACAAAGUGGGAGUCAGUGAACCCAUAGAAAUAGACAGAGGCGUCACCCCCAAGAGCCAGUUCACCAAGCCAUCAAAACCAAGAGGACCCAUUGAGACAGACAAUUUGACUGACCAUUCAGUUGACCUGAAAUGGAAGGUUCCUGAUGCUGAUGGAGGUCUGCCAAUCACUGGAUACAUCAUUGAAUACAGACCAGCUUCCAGAUCCUCAUGGAUGAAGUCGGGCAAAGUUGAUGGAAAGACCUUGACCUUCACUGCAAAUGACCUUCGUGAAGGCCAGGAAUACUUCUUCCGGGUUAUUGCUGUCAAUGAUGAGGGAGAGAGUGAACCUCUUGUCAGCCAGGAUGCAGUCAAGCCUGCUAAAGAACUUGAACCACCCGGACCACCCCGAAACCUGAGACCUGGUCGUAUCGGUCAGUACUACGUCGCCCUGGAGUGGAACCCACCUAAGGAAGAUGGUGGUGCCAAGGUCACUCACUACAAGAUCGAGAAGAAGGAGGAGAAAGCUAAAGAAUGGACCACUGUGGAAGAAGUCAAGUCUUAUGACACAGCUUACAAGGUGGAGAACUUGAAGGAAAAUGUUGGCCUAUUGUUCCGUGUGUCAGCAAAGAAUCAAGUGGGCUAUGGCAGUUCUGUGGAAACAGAUGCUGUCAUCACACCCAAGAAGCCUGAAGGCCCUCCAAGUGCACCAGAAGGUCCAGUUAAAUUCUCUGAUGUUGACCGCACAGCCGUGACCUUCAGCUGGUCCCCUCCCAAGUCCGAUGGUGGCUCUCCUCUCACUGGCUACAUUCUUGAGCGCCGGGAAGCAUCUAGGCCCAAGUGGACGCCACUUGACCGUGUUGAACCUAAAGUCCUCUCCCACAGGGCCGAGAAACUUAUUGAAGGCACAGAAUACAACUUCCGUAUAUCUGCUGAAAACAAACAUGGCAUCAGUGAGCCUCUUGAGACCGAGACUGGAACUGUCCUCAAGAGUCCAUACAACAAACCAUCCAAACCUCGAGGUCCUCUGAAUGUUGACAAUGUCACCUGUGACACUGCUGAUCUUACCUGGAAGUCACCUGACAGUGAUGGUGGUCUUCCCAUCAAGAACUACAUCAUCGAGAUGAGGCCAAGCAGUAAGAUGGCAUGGAGCAAGAUUGGCAAGGUUGAUGCUGACAAGACCUCCUUCACAGCUCAAGACUUGAAGGAUGGAACAGACUACUACUUCCGUGUCAUUGCUGUCAAUGACGAAGGAGACAGUGAUGCUCUUGAGACCAAGGACACCAUUAGGCCACUCAAGAAAAUCUUGCCACCUGGAUCACCAAGGGGUCUGAAAGUUACCAAGGUCGGUCCUGACUUUGUCAUCCUUGACUGGAAGGCUCCUCUGGAAGAUGGUGGCGCCAAGGUCACCAACUAUAAGAUUGAGAAAUGUGAGGAGACCUCUGAGGAAUGGGUGAAAGUUGAGGAAGUCAAGUCCUAUGACACCAGCUUCAAGGUUGAGAAACUGAAGGAGAAUGUUGGCUUCUACUUUGCUGUUUCUGCCAAGAAUGAGGUCGGAUUUAGUGAACCUGCAGAAACAGAAGACUGUGUCAAACCAAAGAAGCCUGAGACCAAACCACACAAGUGUGAAAGCCUGACCGCCAAAGAUCUGGACCGCACAGAACUCACUCUGGAAUGGACUCCACCAAAGAAUGAUGGCGGAUCACCUAUCACUCAAUACAUCCUUGAGAAGAAGGAAGCCAAGAGCCCAACUUGGUCACGCAUCGACAAGGUGCCAUCUAAGAAGACCUCCUAUCAUGUUGCCAACCUCCUGGAAGGCACUGAAUAUGUGUUCCGCAUCACUGCUGAGAACAAGCAUGGUGCCGGUGAGCCUCUGGAGACAAGCAAGGGCUACACACCAAAGAGUCUUUAUGACAAACCAAGCAAGCCCCUUGGUCCGCUCAAGUUCUCCGACAUUACCCAUGAAUCUGUGGUCCUGACCUGGCAGCCGUCCGAGAGUGAUGGAGGAACGCCACUCACUGGCUACCUCAUUGAAUACCGUGAUGUACGCCGACCCACAUGGAUGAAGACAACCACUGUCGGCCCUGAUGUCCACAAACACACUGUCAAAGACCUCAUUGAGGGUUCAGAGUACUACUUCCGUGUCACAGCUAUUAAUGCUGAAGGUCCCAGCCAGCCUCUGGAGAGCAAGGAUACAGUCAAGCCACAGAGAGAGCUGAGCCCACCUGGUGCUCCUGCUGGAAUCAAGGUCAAGGACAUUGGCAAGGAUUCUGUUACACUCACCUGGACCCCACCAAAGGAUGAUGGAGGUUCCAAGGUCACAGGUUAUGUCAUCAAAGUGCGUGAAGAAAAGAGCAAGGACUGGACCAAAGCUGGCAAUGUCCGUGGCACUGAAAAUACCUUCGUUGUCAAAGACCUGAAGGAGGAACAUGGCUACUUCUUCUCAGUGACUGCUGAGAACAAGAUCGGUACUGGUCAAACCCUGGAAACAGAGAGUCCAAUCUCACCCAAGAGACCAAUUGCCAAACCAGCAGCCCCAGAAGGCCCCAUUGAAUUUAGUGAAAUCCAGAAGACAAGUCUGACCUUGACCUGGAAAGCUCCAAAGAGUGAUGGUGGUUCUCCUCUAACUGGCUAUGCCAUCGAGCGCCGGGAUGGCUUCAAGAUGACCUGGUCCCCUGUUACUGUGGUCAAGCCAAAUAUGACCAGCUUCUGUGUCCAGAACCUCAAGGAGGGUCAUGACUAUGUGUUCCGGGUCUCUGCUGAGAACCUUGUUGGUAGAUCUGAUGCUCUGGAAUCAGACAAAGUCAUACCCAAGAGUCCAUUCAAGGUACCCAGUGCCCCAGAAGCACCCAUUGAGGCCACUGAGAUCACAGCCACAAGUGUUAGCAUCAAGUGGAACCCACCAAAGUCUGAUGGUGGUACCCCACUCACUGCCUACAUCAUCGAGCGGCGUGAUGCUACACGCAUGACCUGGAUCCAUGUUGACAAGGUCAAGCCGAACAUCACCUCCUAUUGCAUUCAGGGUCUGGUCACAAACAACGAGUACUUCUUCCGAGUCAUCGCUGAAAAUGCAGAGGGCAUGAGCCCACCUUUGGACUCACCUAAAUUCAAACCCAUCAGAGAAGCAGAGGCACCCAGACCACCAAAAGGACCAGUCCGCUUCAACGAUGUGGAAGCAACAUCUCUGACCUUGACCUGGUAUGAGCCAGAAGAUGAUGGUGGAUCACCACUCACAGACUAUAUCAUCGAGGUCAGCGCUGACCAGGUUGACUGGUCUGAGUUCAAGAAGGUGGACAGCCGCAAGACCGACUACAAGGCUCACAACCUGAAAGAGGGCAAGAAGCUCUACUUCCGCAUCAAGGCUGUCAACGCUGUUGGUGUCAGCAAGCCAGUGGAGUCUGAGUCUGUCACACCAAGGAGACCUCCAGAGCUGCCAGGCAAACCAGUUGGACCUCUUGAAGUAACGGACAUCCAACGCACCAACAUCAGCAUCAGAUGGAAACCACCCAAGGAUGAUGGUGGCGUACCGCUCACAGCAUACGUCAUCGAGAAGCGGGAUGCCAAGAGGAUGACCUGGGCGAAGGUUGAUCGAAUCAAGCCAGACAUCACCACAUAUACUGUCCAGAACCUUGUAGAAGGCAGUGAAUAUUUCUUCCGUGUCUUUGCUGAAAACUCAGUGGGACUUAGCAAACCUCUGGAAUCAGACAGGGCAUUCAUCCCCAAGAGUCCAUUUGAUGUUCCAUCUGCACCCACUGGACCAAUCAAGGUGUUUGAUGUGACAGAGGACAGUUGUGUAUUGGAAUGGAAACCACCUCAAAGUGAUGGAGGAACUCCUCUCACCAAGUACAUCAUUGAGAUGCGUGAUGUGCGUCGCUCCACGUGGAACAGAAUUGAUUCAGUGAAGCCAACAGAGCUAGAGUAUGAGGUCUUCAACCUGGUGUUGGGCAACGAGUACAUGUUCCGCAUCAUUGCAGUCAAUGCAGAGGGAGAAGGACCUCCUCUCAACCUGAAGGAAACAGUCCAGCCAAUGAGAGAACUAGAGCCCCCAGGUCCACCACUGUUUGUGCGUGUCAGCAAGAUCACCAAGAAGUCGGUCACUAUUGACUGGGGUACACCCUCUGAUGAUGGUGGAUCCAAGAUCACUCGCUACCAUAUCUACACCUCAAAGAAGACAAGAGGAGAGUGGAAGGAGGUUGCCAAGGUCAAGGCCUUUGACUCAGACUAUGAAGUUCAGGAUCUUGAGGAAGGUCAAGACUACUUCUUUGCAGUUGCUGCAGAGAAUGAAGUCGGCAUUGGCAAGAUGGCAGAAACAGAAGCUGCAGCUAAGCCACAGAAACCAAUGGAACGACCUUCACCUCCAACCCCACCACUGGAGGCCACAGACAUUCAACGUGACAGUGUGACCUUGACCUGGAAGGCUUCAAAGAGUGAUGGUGGUUCACCAAUCUUGCAUUAUGUACUGCAGAAGCGUGAAGGCUGGAAGACAUCUUGGACAGAGGUCGCCAAGGUCAAGCCGAACAUAUUCUCAUACUGUGUCCAAAACCUGCAUGAAGGCCAAGAAUAUUACUUCCGCGUGUUUGCAGAGAACCAAGUUGGAGCAUCUGAUGCCAUCCAGACUGAGGUCGGCAUUACACCAAGAUCUCCAUUCAAUAAACCUUCAGCCCCAGAGGGCCCUCUUGAGAUAUUAGAGAUAACGGCCAACACUGUUACUAUCCAAUGGAAAACACCCAAAUCUAAUGGCGGCCUUGCCCUUACUGCCUACUACAUUGAGCGUCGUGACAAAAAACACACGUCAUGGCUCAAGGUGGACAUGGUGAAGCCCAGUAUCAAGUCAUAUUGCAUUCAGAAGUUGUUGGAAGGAAAUGAGUACUUUUUCCGUGUGCUUGCUGAAAAUCCAGAAGGACUCUCAGAACCUCUGGAGAGCCUUGAACCAGUCAUGCCCCGAGAGAAACCAGCUGCUCCCCUUGCACCAAUUGGCCCAGUCCGUUUCCACAACAUCCUGUCAACAUCACUGGCACUCGAUUGGCUGCCUCCAAGAGAUGACGGUGGAGAACCAAUCACAGAGUACCUCAUUGAGGCCUGCAUGAAGGGAGGCGAAUGGUUUGAAGUUGGAAAGACAAACUCAUCCACAACCAAGCUGAAGGUCAAGGACCUCAAGGAGGGCAAGACGUAUGAAUUCCGUAUUUGUGCCCGAAACAAGAUCGGUCUUGGCAAACCACUUGAGUCUGAGCCAGUUGUACCCUGCAGACCACCAGAGGUUCCAUCUAAGCCAGUUGGACCUAUCAAGGUGUCCGACAUUGACAGGUUCUCCUGCGUUAUUGCCUGGAAGCCACCAGAGGAUGAUGGAGGCUCACCUCUCAAGUCCUACAUCCUGGAAAAACGAGACAUGAGCCGUACCAAGUGGAACCGUAUCGACAAAAUCGAUGCUUCCAUCACCAACUUCUGCUGCCAGAACCUCCAGACUGGGUCGGAGUAUUACUUCCGCGUCAGUGCUGAGAACAAGAUUGGAGUCAGUAAGCCACUUGAAAUGGACAAACCAGUUCUCAUCAAGAGUCCUUAUGACGUUCCAUCACCACCUAAGUUCCUGAAGGCAGCCAAUGUCAAUGAGAAGACAGCAGACAUUGAAUGGAAGGCACCUGACAGUGAUGGAGGUCUGCCUCUGACUGGCUACGUCAUCCAGUUCCGUGAAUCCCGUCGCUCCAUCUGGAACACCUUCUGUGAAGUGGAGGCCACGAUGACCUCCAUCAAGCUGACUGACCUGGUCCCAGGCAAUGAGUAUGUCGUGGCUGUAGUAGCGGUCAAUGAAGAAGGACAGAGUCCACCUGCCAUCAUCUCUGAGCCAAUCAGACCACAGAAACAUCUCAGAGUUCCAGGACCACCAGAGAACCUCCAACUGAGGAACAUGACCAAGGUUGGUCUUACUCUUGAGUGGAACCCACCAUCAGAUGAUGGCGGCACCAAGGUCCGUCGCUACCACAUUGAGAAGUGCACAGUGGACAGCAAGGAGUGGGAAAGAGUGGAGACAGUGGAACAUUACCGCUCACACUGCGGAGUGUCGGACUGAAGACAGAGGUGGACUGGUUCUUUGCCGUUGUUGCUGAGAACGAUGUUGGUGUCAGUGAACGCUGUGUCUCCAAGAAGCCAGUUAGAUUUGACAAAC